AUGAGCGAGCAUCUCGACAACCACUGCCGCAACGAAAGAUCAGCGCUCAUGAGCGGCAUGCCGACCCAGCGAGCUCGCCUCCGCGCACGAACGAACCCCAGGCCGUCCAGCCCCGACCGAGCUCAAGAUCUUGCUCGCUCGCGUCUUGUAAAACGGGCCUCUACGUCGACGUCGACCUCCUCGUUUGAAUUGCACCCGACAACCAAUCACUUCUGA